CUCUCUCUCACUCGUUUUCUUCUCUCUUUCUUGUACUAUUUCUUUUCCCUCUAGCAAACAAAGCCUGCGUGCGGACAUUCUUCAUGUUAUUUUCUCUGAUUACAAAACGAUUAAAACCGCCGCUUCUCUUUCUUUCUCUCAAAAUUCUUUCUUGCAUAUCGACCGAAAAUUGGUGAGGAACAUAGGAAUCUGUUUAAAUGAUGCUGAGCCUGUGGAAUUGGUAUCAGAAUUGCUUGUCUGCUCAUCCAGUGAAGACCCAAGUCAUCAGCUCCGGAUUUCUUUGGGGUUUUGGAGAUAUCGUUGCCCAAUCCAUCACUCACUCUCUUUCCCAGAAGAAACUUCCAUUGUCUGUUGAAAAUGAGGAGCUCAAGGUUGACUGGAAAAGGGUAGCCAUCACGAGUAUGUUUGGAGUUGGCUUCGUUGGACCAGUUGGCCACUUUUGGUAUGAAGGUUUGGAUCGACUCAUGACGCUAAGACUUCAACUCCAGCCAAAAUCUCUACGGUUUGUCGGUACUAAAGUGGCAAUGGAUACUCUUAUAUUCGGUCCCGUCCAUUUGCUUGUGUUUUUAUCAUACAUGGGAUUUUCCAGUGGCAAAAGUGCUAGCCAAGUUAAGGAAAUUGUGAAGAGGGAUUUCUUUCCGGCCUUGAUUGUGGAGGGCGGUGUAUGGCCUUUGGCUCAGGCUGUGAACUUCCGGUUUGUUCCAGUGAGGUACCAACUUCUCUACGUCAACUUCUUCUGCCUGUUGGAUAGCGCAUUCUUGUCGUGGAUGGAGCAACAGAAGGAUGCAGCUUGGAAGAAGCAGUGGCUCACUGCCUUUACGCCACCUUCCAAGAAACAAGAACGUCGAGCGAGAUAACAUUGUUUUCUGUCAUAUACUUCCUCCUCGUCACUGAUCUGAACAUUUAAUUUCUGAUGAAGUUAGAUUGCAUAGACCUUCAUAUCUUGAAACUAUAUUUUCUUCUAAUGAAAUUGAGGGUGCAAGUCCUAGACUUGUGCAAGGCACGAUCUUGUGUCUGUGGAUGAAGUUCUGCUACAAGUGGAGGAAUAGUCUCACAUACAUGUGGGACCAACACAUAGUAGUGUGUGUAGAGUUCCCAUGUAUGUGAGAGGUUGUGUAAGUUGUUGUAUUUAAAUUGUUGUAUGAGUAUUAAUUUUGCGUGAGGUUUUUCCGCCCAAAA